AUGUCACUGUUUACAGCGCUCAAUUUCACUCCGGAUGAGGCUCAGCAAGAGGCCGAACAUCAUUCGCGCGAACUACAGGUGGAAGAAAGCUUCGAAGUGUAUCAAAAUGCACUACUACACAUGAAGUUUAAGAGGUUCGAGGAAGCAGAGGAAAAGUUCAAGGAACUGUUUAGCAUAGACGUAAUCAAACCGGACAAGUGGGGCUCCUACAAGCAUAGCACAGUUGUUUUGGAUUCACUGCGAUACCUGGCUUAUCGAAAUCGGGGCAUCUUCUACUAUCAGUGGUUGCAAGACAGGUACACGACUAUGGAGCCACAGGAUAUUGUGGAAUUUACUUUGAAAACGGUAGAAGACCUUUUGGAUGCAAUGCAGCACGGGGAAUGUGACUCUGUCGUUACCAGGGUGUUGUUUGAUAUUUUCGCCAGCUUUAGAAGCCCGAAAUUGCAAAGGUACGUGCUGGAACACGAACUUUUGAAAGAUUCAGAUACGAAUAUCAGCAUUUUGAGGCGCAAAUCAGUGCUCCCGGAAACGAGAAAUGUAAUUCGGCAGCUCUUACGACUUUUGAAAGAUCUGGAUGAUCACUCAACGCUUCAAGCAGGAUUUGUUUCGCAAUUGGGCAAGUUUCUGCAAGGUCGUACGACACAUAUCGACCAUGAUGAUGACAUCCAUGGUAAAACUAACGGAAACUGCAAAUUGGUUCCUUUUUUGACCCAGAUCAAGAUCAUGCGAGGUGAGGACAAUACUAAUCUGAAGAGUCCUAAUGUGGUGAGUGUUGAAAUCAAUGAGCUUAGCUGGGAAGCUAUCGCCGAAUCUCUCACGUCUGCACUGCCAAAGUACAAACUUUCGAACUUUUUCAGCCGCAUUUCAGACCCCUAUAAUGAAGCUGAAGAACCUAUUGAGCAUCUCAAGUUCAAAAGGAAAGACAACGCCGAAGGCCAAGAACUCAACGAGACAGAGCAGGGAAGCAUUGAUUCGAAUAAAAAAGUACUGGGAAGUGAAGUCGCGGCUGAUGCUACUCCACCUCCUACAACGGAUGUAGCAGAAACGAAUAGACAACCUAUAGCUGAAGCUAGCGGAGUAAAGCGAUUGAUAGAUUCUGCAGAUGGCGGCGAUAAACCACUGCAAAGAUCUAGCAAGCGAUUUAAAGAGAAGCCCAUAUUAGAUACUCCACUCAAAAGCAUGGAUGCCCAUGAGUACUUUUUCCUUGUUAUAAACGAUCUAGCCUUUACUAUGGGCUUCGACUUCAAUUUGAGCACCGAGCGGAUGAGUCCAUCGGAUCUUGAAGAAGCUGCGCCUGAAUUUAGUGCUAUGUCAGACUUUUAUGACUGCUUGAGCUCUUGGACAAACAAACAUAGCGAGUUUCUAAAUCAAACAGAGUCCAAAAGUUCGAAAAACUCGGAAAGUGACGUGGAAAGUUUGUUUCAACUAAAUGCUGUAAUAAGGACAAGCGUUUUGACGGGCGAUAGCUGCCCCAUAGAAUCUCUCACUGAUUUGCCAAGUGAAGAAAUUCAGGAUUUCGUGAAUCAAGUAAACAAGGACGGCAUGCAUUACCAAGAGGUCAGACUUCGCCUGUUGAAUGUACUACUAUCAACUGAUGGGGAUGGCCGUUGCCUCAUCAUCGAUACGUUCUGGAGCCCAGUCCUCUUUAAAGCAGUGGAAUCCCUAGUUAUGAGUAUUGAUAGCAGCAUUUUUUCCACUCUGUCUGAGAGAUCAGAAGAACUUAUGACCUUGGGACUUUCAAUCUACGAGAUUUUAGUCAACAUGAUGGGCAACAUUUAUGGUAACAUCAGUGCUAAGAAGCUCCAGGGUCAAAAAGUCAACGAAUUGGAGACACAAAAGAACAAGCUGGAAAGAAAAAUCAGCAGGUGGACACUGCUUUUAGAAAAUACCAAAAUGGACGAUGAACGCGCCUGUUUCAGAUAUUUAUGGGCAAAGUUUUGCUCAUUGCAAUAUACGAUGGACAUCACUGAUGACAAGCUCAUUGACAGUUUACAAGACAUUGAAAGAGCAAUAAAGAGCAACGCACCCGCUGUGAAUGUGCCCUACUCGAACUUUGAUACAAUUCCACAGUUGAACCUUGCUGCAGUGCAAAGUCAACUGUCAAGGCUCAAAAUUAUACGAAAAAUAACUUCCAUCGAAAACAACGCCUCAGAAGAACACAAUGACAUUGCUACGGAACAGCAAAUAGACUCAAUAAGGCGAGCUCUUAUUUCAGAUGAGCCCUUGGUCACGUCCUCUUUAAAUGAGGAUCUUUCAAUGGAGGAGUUCUUAAGAAACUCACCUUUUCUUCUGAAAGUGAAGUUAUGGCGUCUUCUGUUAUCAUACUACAGUCGCAAAAACAAGAAGCUGGCAGCCUCGCUUUCACUCAGGAUCUUUGAGAUUCUUUAUGAGAGGCUUUGCUCAGAAAGCUACAAGGCCCAAUCGCAUUUGCAACGACAACAAACUCUUCUGCUUACGAUCAGCUGCAUGGGAAGCUUUUCUAGAGAGUUUUUGGAAAUGGUUGCUAAUGACGUAGAUUCUCAGGUAAUAGAACCGACAGAGGCAAAAGCUGGUUUGAAGGUCUUUUUGCUGGGACUGAACUUACUAUAUCCUAUUGUGUUUUAUGAGAGCAUUUGCCAGAGAGAUACUUCAUUAAAAUCUUUCUUCAACAAAGCCGUCAGGUCAUCCGCCAAGCUAAAACAAAUAUUUACCGACGUCCUUACCACGAUCAUCUACCUUUGCCAUACUUUAGAGACUCGCUGUUCACCGACACCAACAAGACGUUUUGGAAUUUUAAACCUCGUGGAGGCUUCGCAUGAAUUGUUAGCUCAAUUCAAAUUCUGCGACGCUUCUGAUGGGUCUUAUCUCAACUUGGUAGAACAGCUUUUGUACGGAUUAAAUGACGAAAACGGUUUCAGGCAUUUGAGACAAGUUUUGUGGUGUCGCUACCACUUUACCAUUAGUGGUGAGAACAAUUCAUUGAAUCAGCACAAUACCAAGGGCCACGACAUAAACCAGAGGAGUGCUGUUUCCGUGGGCAAAUUUCUCAUUGACUCUCACUACAAAAAAAGAAAUCCCCUGGUUGUUUCCGGGAACAAAACAAAUAUGAAACAAGUUUUGGACAGCAUCAUACAAGUUAUCGGAGACGUCAAGUUUUCAGCCCACCAUGUAUUGGCCCGCAAUGAGUUCUUUCUGGAACAAUACUUGAAGUCUAUGAUAACAACAGACGUAUUGAGGAAAGCUUACUCAGGCGAGAUUUCUCUAGAGCUUAUUAACCCGCAUGACUCGCUCAAAGUUGUCGCUGAUACCGGUAUAUUUUAUGUUGCAAGCAUUCAGGCUUUGAAUCUCUACAAAGCACGCAAAAAGGCUACACAAGCCCGCCCUUCCGAGUUGGAUUCAAUUAUCUCAAGCUUAAAAACUGACAUUAUCUACAAAACUGAUAGGUUCGAAAGUUGGUAUCUGUUGGGGAAAUGUUACUCUUACAUUGUUGAAGAUGAUCUCAUUUGGACGUCCGACAAACUUGCUACGCACGAGAAGCGAAAAGGAACUACCGCGAUACAGCGAAAAUCAAUUCUCUGCCACUUGAUGGCAUUAGGGAUUGCUUUACGUCAGAAAGGUAACAUCACGGACGAAAUGAUGAGAAGUGACUAUGACGUUCUUGUCAAGGAAAUUUAUGAAACGUUAUCGCAGGAGCUUCUCAACGGCUAUUUAAAGCCCAUGGAUAAGUCUUGCUUUCAAUGGGAUGUGCCUAGCACUUUAAAGCUCAAAAUGGAUGGUGAGCUAGUUUCAAAGCCUUCCACAGGAGCUCAAACAGUCAGCGACUAUAACAUUCAGCAGGCGAUUUUGGCCGGCAUUUCACGAGCUAUUAAAAUCGAUACAACUCCUUUAGCGACGCAGAAAAUACAAUCAAACUGGAAGAACUUUUAUUUUUCUGCUAGAUUAAUAUUUAAAAGGUGCCUUCACGAGUUCAAAACUUCUGGGAUCGAACUACUACUCGAGGCUUGCACACUCUCGCACGAUAUGUCCAACGCAAAAGAAAUUGUGUUAGAACCACAUUAUUUUUUGGUUGUUUCAUCCUUCAAGAUGGUGUUGAAGAACGUCAUCGGGCCUCACACUGCUCUCUCGAUUUUGCACAGAGAUAAUUCUGUUUUCAAGCAAGAGGACUCUUUUUUCCUGGACGAAGGGCCUCACGGAGUCCAAACUGAUAUUGACAGCUCACGAGAGGUUUUCUACAGAAGAAUCCUUGAUUUGUUAAGAGGUCUGGUUGCUGUUGACAAAAUGAAAUGGCAUCACAGACCGAAAUAUCGUAUUGCAAAAAUUCUCUAUGAACAGUUUUACGAUACCGACGGUGCCAUUGCCGAAAUGGACGAGAUAAUGUUCCUAAAGAGUUCCAACAAAAGCUUGGUCAACAUCUGGAAACCUGAGUUUGAACGGCCAGGAAAACAUUUCAUAUACACAUACCAAUAUGUUGUGUUUUAUCUCGAUCUUCUCUUUUGCCGCAAAGAUUACAUUAGCAUUGCAUUGGUCGCUAAAAAGCUCAAAAAGUUCAGCGCUGGCAUGGUAAAUGUAAAUCUCGCUUCAGAUCGAGCUUUGAAGCUGUUCAAUCAACUUGUGCAGGAAAGAUUCGAGGUCAAUGAAAAACAUGCGACAGAUAAGCUUCUUCCAGGUUUGAGCUACACACAAUUUAUUCAGUACAGUGAAGAAAUCUUCAAAACUUUCGAGAAGUCCAAACACGAUACAGACUUUCUUGAAACGCUUACACAUGCUUUGCAGCUUAAAAAAGGCAAUAAUGGCUACGAUGGCAUUUGCCUGGCCCUGUAUUUCAAGCAUAUCUACCAGCCGUUUGCCUCAAGCAAAAACGAUCAAAUAAAAUCAACGCCGGACCCACAAUUUGAGCAUGCAAAAGGAUCAGUUACCGCCAGUGAACCUGCUGACACACCUCACAAAGGAAAACCGGUCACAAACCGGAAAAAGGUAAGCAAAAAGGACGCCUUUGAGAAAAUAACAGCUUUGGUUGAAAAGAAAAUAGCCUAA